GUCAUUCGGUUGUGUUGUGUUUUUAUUUUAAUGACUUUUGUGUCAGUGCCCGUUUUGUUGACAAAUAAUGGAUGACCAGUCACUGUCCCGGACCAUGGGGUCUGUGGUGCUCCAAGUGGGAGCUCUGGAGCUUCUUGCGAGGUAUUCCAUGAACUCCGGCAGAGCUACCAGCCUUUUGUCUUCUCUGCAUGAGUUCAGAACGCAAGAGAUGGAACUAGUUGGUGGAAAACAAUGGAAUUGGAAGUAUUUGAGGGAUCAAUUCGACCAAAAAGAUUUAGAAGGACUCUAUAGAAAAUAUGACGACAAACUAAGAGAAACACUGAUAUUUAUUUAUUUAUCUUUACUAGUAUUAUUUUCAACCACACACGUAGUUUUAGUAGUUGCUAGCACUUUUUCCGAGGUUUCGACGGAAGACGAAAAUUUAGCGAAAAUUUCAACAAACGCGGUUUUCUUACAGCAAAUACAGUCAACGUCAACAUAUUUAACUAUGGGCAUGUAUAUACUGAGGAUAGGUAUACCUAUAUUAACGUUAUGGAAGACGUGUUACUAUCCCAUGAAAAAGAAAUGUUUUUGGAUGCCAAUUCUUGUGACUUUCAUUGUCACUUUGGACCUUGUGAUUACAGAUAUCGCAGUCAGUAUCUACAGCUCCUUCGAGGGUAUCUCCCUAAGGCCGGCCUACUCAACCAUGGCCCUACUCUCUAACUAUAUCUUCCUACCAAUGAGAAACAACUUUUUGGCAAUCAUCCUCGGUUUCCUCGUCAGCAUCAUCUACGUACUAAUAUUUGCCUUCUUCACUUACGAUCAGGAUCCUGAAAUCGGUAUAGUGAUUGCGUCAGACAUCAUCUACCUAAUCGGAGUUAAUCUGAUGGGAGUUUACUUUCGAUUGAUGAACGAAAUAGUCACAAGGCGAUCUUUUCUGGACAGGAGAGCGUGUGUCGAAAGCACUCUCAGACUUAAAUUCGUUAAAGAUCAAGAGGAACGCUUGAUGAUGAGCAUCUUACCAGAACACAUUGUGUCCAAAGUCCGCCAAGACAUCAGGAACAUGUUCAUGGGCCUGAAAACACGUUCACUUAGUCAGAAUAUGAAAUCUUUCAACCAGCUUUACGUGGAAGAACACGAUAAUGUGAGUAUUCUGUAUGCCGACGUUGUCAAUUACACAAUGAUAUCAACCACGUUGGCUCCAAUGAGGAUGGUAGAACUGUUGAAUGAACUGUUCGGGAGGUUCGACGAAGCUUCUGAGGAAUACGAUGUUCUAAGAAUAAAGUUCUUGGGCGACUGUUACUAUUGCGUCAGUGGAAUCCCGAAGCCCACAGACCAACACGCCAAGAAUUGCGUUGACCUCGGCUUGGAAAUGAUCCACAUAAUCAAAGACGUCAGGGAAAAGCGUUCACUGAAUAUUGACAUGAGAAUCGGAGUCCACUCUGGGAAGAUCCUCAGUGGACUAAUUGGUAUCAGAAAAUGGCAGUUUGAUGUUUGGUCGAAAGAUGUUACAAUAGCUAACAAAAUGGAAUCUACUGGCAAGGCAGGAAAAGUUCACGUGACAAAACAAACUCUCGAAUUACUGCUGGAAUACGCUAGAGAAUAUAUCAUUGAACCAAAUUUUGAAUCUCAGAAUGAUCCCUUCAUUGUUAAAAAUAAACUGGAAACCUAUCUGCUGUCGAGACCUUCAAGGUCUCUUGAAUACAGACCGUUCCGUCGAGCAUCAGUUGGCUUCAACAAAAUAAUAACGAAAACAAAUACGUCUACUAGACGAGCGGAAAAGAGGAACACUAAUAGUGUUCGUAGGACCACAACUUUUAUGGAUGAAAAUUUAGUAGAGUAUCAACAAAUGUUGAAGGCUGCUGAUGCUCAAAUGGCUAAAGAGAUUGAAGAUAUGACUCACGGCAGAGAACAUUUCCGCAACGAAUCUAAAUUGAACAGAUUCACAUUGAUGUUCAAGAACUGUCAAAUGGAGAAGCAAUUCUUGCUACUACCAGAUCCAUUGUUCAAGUAUUACAUGACUUGCUGUCUGAUUAUCUUCUUAUUGAUGUUCUUGAUAAAUGGUCUAACUACAAGAUGGUUUGAGGGCUUCAAUUGGUAUGCCUGGGUGUUACUCGGCGCUCUUCUAAUUGUCCUUAUUUUACUUCAACCCUUAACAUGGUUUCAAUUUCUCUGGACUAAACACAAUAGUUAUGAAGAACCCCGAAACAAAUUUCUGCGCUGGGUCUUUGACGUGUCUACUAAGAUCAUAAAAUCAGCUCAUAUAAGGACUGCGAUCUACUUAAUGAUAAGUAUCGGACUUGCUGCUACUUCUGUGGUGAACGUGAUUGCAUGCAGAGAAGUACCGGUGCCUGCUGCUGAAAGUGUUCUCUCAAAUUGUAUAUCUUCGUGGCAUGUGACCCAGUGUUGGGGCUUGGCCUUGCUCUUGAACUUUCUGUUCAGCAGGGUUUUCUUUAUCUUCAAAUGGAUCAUCGCUGCCGUCAUGACCACCUUCUAUCUGUGGAUUGUAUGGGAGAUCAAAACCUCUCUUUUUAUCAAUGACGUGACUUGGAACGUAGGAUUGGACCCUAGAAUAUCGCACACUUUAGCUGUCGUCAUCAUAACAGUUACGUUGUACUGGAUUGAUAGAACAACUGAAUUUCGGAACAGAUUAGAUCAUUUAUGGCAGUUACAAUUGAGUGAAGAACAAAAUGAAGCGGAGACUAUGUUAAAAGUAAACAAUAUGCUUCUAGAAAACAUUUUACCAGCUCACGUCGUUCAAGUUUACCUGAACUUAAACAGAUCUUUGGAUGAAUUGUAUUACGAAAAGUAUGACAACGUAGCAGUAAUGUUUGCGUCUUUAACUGAUUACAAGUUGGGCAUAGAAGGCGAUGCAGAUAUGAGUGAUAAAUUCCUUUUGAGUAUCCUGGAUGAAAUCAUAUCUGAUUUUGAUAGACUGUUGCUUACAGGAGCUUCUGAGUAUAAAGUGGAAAAGAUUAAAAUGGCUGGAUGGACCUACAUGGCUGCCUGUGGGUUAGACCCAAAUAGAAGAGAAUCUAAAGACUCGUAUCCUCUUGGGUCUGGUUCUAUAGAUACACCUCCGAGUAAAGUACGGCAAAACAGCCCCUAUGGUCGAGCAGUAGUACUAACCAUGGUAGAAUUUGCAGCGGCAAUGAUGAUGCAAUUACAGAACUUUAAUAGAGGAUCGUUUCAAAGCUUCGAGGGCCUGAACUUGCGAAUUGGUAUGUCAAACGGGGAGGUAGCUGCUGGUGUAGUGGGAUCACAAAAGCCACUAUACGACAUUUGGGGGCAUGCAGUAAACAUGGCGUCAAGAAUGGAUUCUACUGGCGAAUCUGGCAAGAUACAGGUGACAGAAAACACAGCUAUCAUUUUGGACGAAUGCGACAUCCUCACCACCUGUCGCGGAGAGACCUUCGUGAAAGGCGCCGGCUACGUAAAAACAUACUUCGUUCCUUUAGACGAAAACUUCAACCUGAUUAAGAAAAAGAAUAGCAUGGACUUUUAUAGAAUCGAAGAUAGGAGCCGGUACUUCGCUGUGAAGGCUCAUAGAUAUAGUAAUACGUCAGACGAUUUAAGGAGAUAUUCUACUUUUGAUGUACGAAGGUUGUCCUUGAACAGUGACUGCACUGUGAGCAGUAUGGACACUGAACUGGCCAGAGCGCCCACCCCAAUAGAAGAUACCGAUAUUAAUAGUGUAUCGUCAGAAGUAAAAGAAACACGUUGCUGACGAAUAAUUAUAUUUUAGACUUUAAGUUAGCUUAGUUAAGUUCCGUUCUCAAAUAAUUUCAUCUGAUUUAUACCAAGACUAUAAUCGCAGCCUUGUGAUCGGAAGAUUUUUGAUAUUCAGACGUAUUUUAGGGUAUUUAUUUUAAGUCAAAUAGAACAUGGAUUCAUUUCGUUAAUAUAAUUUCAAUAACGUUGAUUUAAGAUGCUUAACUAUUAAGAAUUUUAGUGUAAGUGUAAGCCAUAUUUGUUUUAGUUGAGUUAUUUAUGUAGAUUACUAGAGUAGGUAUAGAUACGUAUUAGAUAUAUUAUAAAUCUCAAUUCAUCUUGCCUCCUUAUAACGAAAUAUUUUACUGUAAAACAAAGCUAAAUGUCUAUUGGAUUUCAUUAUGGAAUCCCAAUUAGUUUAUAAAGGAGUUUAUAAAUUCAUGCACCAAUUUAUAAAUAAAGGAUAGCUUUAUUUAUGAAUUGGUGUAUUAAUUAUGAACUGGUGUGUUAAAAGAUACCUGUGCCUGUGAACUGCCGUUAAUUUGUUUAAAAAUCUUCAACCACCGCCGUAAUAUUACCUCAGAAAAUAAAAAUAAACAGCUAUAUCGAGUAA